ACCUCGAUUGUGUGUGUGUGGUUUUUGAAGUCUCUUCUUUUUUUAUCUUUUUUAAUCCAGUCAUUGAAACCAUGUCCAUCGAAAACAAGAUUCCCAGUGAAGAUAUUUUAGCACAAAAGUGGGAUCGUACCAUCUCCAACUUUGUUGUCAAGACCGGACUUGGUUUAAGUGUGGGCAUUGUCGCAUCUGCUUUAUUGUUUAAGAAGCGUACUUGGCCCAUUGCCAUUGCCACUGGUUGGGGUUUCGGUGUUGCUUAUGCUGAUGCUCAGCGUAUUUUCCAUCCUGCCAAUAUUCCUGGUGCCAAGUUCGAAAAGGAGAAGCCUACUGCUUAGAUUUUUAUUCCCCCCCAAUUCGAAACGAUAGAAAAUAUGCUAAAAAAGAAAGAAAUAAUAAACGAAUAGGGUACCUGGAUUCGAUUUGAAAAAAAAAAA